AUGAAAGUCAAAGCAUGGACUUAUAAUGAAGAAGUUGCGUUGGCUAAAGCGUUUAUACAUUGUUUCAAAGACCCAGUACAUGGGAUUCAACUUUUUGGAAAAAGGUUUUACGGGGUUUAUAGAUCGAAGUUAAUUAUUUCAGGAGGGCUGAAGGAUAUUUACAGAGGCAGUUGCAACAAACUUGUUCCAUAUCCUUUACCGCUUCCACCUCAACAUAGCUCAACGGACACUCAAAAUCUGCCAACUCCAAGUCCAGGGAAUGGGAAUGAGAUGAUAUUCGCUACACAUUUGAAAUCGUUUACAAUUUUAGAGGUUCUAGUUGCUACUAGAAAUUUUAGCCCUGAUUAUCGUCUAGGAGAAGGUGGUUUUGGCUUAAUAUACAAAGGAUGGCUCAACAAGGAAACCCUUAUACCAGCACAACCUGGACCUAGAAUGGAUGUUGUAGUCAAGGCACUUAAGCCUACAUGUUUUCAAGGCCAUAGGGAGUGGCUGUCGGAAAUUACUUAUCUUGGUCGACUUGAUCAUCCAAAUCUUGUAAAGCUUCUUGGUUUCUGUAGUGAAGCCGGAAAUAGGUUGUUGGUAUGUGAAUUCAUGCCUCAAGGCAGCUUGGAGAAUCAUCUUUUUAGACGGAGGGAACAAUCUCUUUCAUGGGCAUUAAGGAUUAAGGUUGCAGUGGAGGCUGCUCGAGGGCUCGCUUUCUUGCAUGCUUCAGAAUCAAAAAUUAUAUACGGUGAUUUUAAGUCUUCCAACAUCCUGCUAGAUAUGGACUAUAAUGCAAAGCUCUCAGACUUUGGUUUGGCAAAAGCUGGUCCAAUGGGUGACCUGACUCAUGAAACAACUCAAGUCAUGGGGACACAAGGCUAUACCGCCCCAGAAUAUAUGGCUACAGGUAGACUUACAAAAAAAUGUGACGCAUAUAGCUUUGGAAUAGUGUUGUUGGAACUCAUUACAGGUCGUCGUGCCAUUGACAAUAAAAGGUGUUGUGAAGAGCGCAAUUUACUGGAAUGGGUAAGGUCUCAACUGAGAGAAGCAAAGAAACUAUGCAGGAUCAUGGACAUAAGGCUAGAAGGCCGAUACUCACGUAAGGAUGCUUUUGUGGUUGCAACUCUCGCCCUUCAAUGUUGUCAUCCAGAAGCCAAGCAUCGGCCCCACAUGUCCGAGGUGCUAUCCAUUCUAGAAAAUAUACCGUCUAUUAGAGCGAAUCGUCAGCCAGAAUUGUCAAGUUCAAAGUCAAAAAUUAUUGGAGAUGGUCCAAGCAGUUGGAGUCAUGGAUGUCACUAUGGUUCACAGGUGCCCAUGGACUGUAAGAUUCACCCUUGAUGCCUGAUCAUAGAAUUGGGUUUCAAGGUGUUGAUUA